CCAUCAUAUUCGCUUCGCGAAACCCAAUUUCACUCUGGCCCGCUUCGGGGUCUCGGAUAAUUGAACCAUGGACUUGACAGGGAAAAAGAGGGGAAGGUGGGAGGGGACACGUUGGCCCUGUCGUGGUGGCCAGUGGUGGCCUGGACUGGCACCCCUGCCGACGGUAUGCGGCCCAGGCCAGCCGCGUGCUAUAAUUGCUUGUUGGUUGUGGCUUUUUGAGGCUUUGCAGGGUCAAGACGACCCCAUACCGUCCCGGGAUCAAUCCGUUAGGCAUGUCAUCGAAGCCAUUAGGAGUGCCCAAUUAUCGUGGCCUUCCCAGUUUUGCCCCCGCCUAGUAGGGAAUGAUAGGCCAGAGAUCCCGGCCCGGGAGCCUAACAGGACAGAACACGCCAGAGGGCCAAGUCACGGCAACGGAAAAAAAGUCCCUCGUGCUGGCGGAUUUAUAAUAGCGAAAAUCCUAAACUCCAAUGGGCGCUGA